AUGAUCUUCCCAGAUGUGCUUGAAAAAAAUUAAACAAAUUAACGACCACACCAAGGCCAGACUCAUCGUCGCAUCUUCGUACAAAUCCGGAAAUUGACGUAAAAUCUAAUUACGCGGGAAAGAUAACAUGCACGUCAAUAGUAUAUUUUAAUAUUCUAUUAUUAACUGUUCAAAAGUUUCAACAGAUGAAUUUUGUAUGAAAGAAACAAUUUCUACCAAUGGAUGGGGAAUUAAAGAAAAAGUUAAAAGUUUUAGAGAAAGAAAAGCAGAAAGCUCGUGGAAAUAAUGAUCUUGCUGAACUUGCCAAGCUGUAUAAUGUGUGUGGGGAACAUUUGGCCGAAUAUAGACUGUAUGAAGAUGCAAUUGAAGAACACAAAAUGGAGUUGCAUGUAUCGGAGCGUCUUAAUGAUGACAUAUCGGUUGCCAUUGCACAUCGAAAGAUUGGGGAAUGUCUAUGUGAACUAAAGGAUUUCAAACAAGCGUUACAUCAUCAACAGACAUAUGUGAAUCUUUCAAGGAAAUGUGAGAAUCUUGUUGAAGAGCAGCGAGCUUUGGCAACAAUUGGUAGAACUUUAUUUCAGUCUGCAACAACCAGUUCAGAAAUGUUAGAGGCUCAAUCGGCUUUCGUGGACAGUUUAUCAAUUUGCAAUAAACUUGAAGAUACAGUAAAAGAAAAGGAACUUCUUGAAAUGAAAGCAAGACUUUAUCUAAAUCUUGGUCUUGUCAAUUCAAAUCUUCAUAAUCAAAAAAAAGCAAUGAAAUAUAUUGAGAAAUCAUUAACUAUCGCAGUUAAUCAAAAUCUCAAGGACACAGAAUAUCGCUGUCAUUUCUCCCUUGGUGAAAUUAAAAUUGCAGAGAACUUGCCAGCACAAGCAUUACAAUGUUUUGAACAUGCAAGAAAUGUAGCCAAGCAUCAGGGAAUUAAAUUUGAAGAAAUUGAUACUCUUGUUCAAAUGGCAAAGAUGUUGCUACACCUAGGAGACUUUAAAGCUGCAAAGAAUAUUUUAAAGAAAUGUUAUAAAACAACGAAAAAUGGAACAAUGGUUGAUGAAUUAAGGAGUAAUUUAAUCAGAGCUAUAAAAGGUUCAAGACUUUUAGACAAACUCACGCACAAGAAAGAUGACAAUAUAAAAAUGAAAGUCCAUGAAGAACUUGGUGAUGUUUAUUGCAGUGUAAACUGUUUUGACAAGGCAAUUGAUAACUAUCACAAACAAUUGGAAUUAAGUGAAAAGUUAGAUUUAUCUAAGACAGAAAAGGCAGUUAUUUGUGUAUCGCUUGCUCAAUCUUAUUUAGACAAUAAACAAUUUGACAAAGCAAAGGAAUAUUUUCACAAAGAACUCUUAUUGCGGACAGGAGAAGAACUAGAACAAUGUGAUACUUGGUGUAAUAUUGCAAAUGUUUCUGAAAUGGCUGGGGAUAGUUAUGAGGACAUUGAAAUGGCCUACAAUAAUGCCUUAAAAUGUGCAAGAAAAUGUUCUAACAGCAACAGGGAACAACGAGUGUUAAAGUUACUGAAAUGUUUGAAGAUGAAAGAAGAUGGAAAUGACUAUGAAUCUAAAGAAUGUAUUGAGAUUAUUGAAGACGAUAGUGAAUCAGAAAGAUCUCAACGUUGGGAGGACGAUGAUGAAUAUGGUGAAAUGUUGAUUCAAGAAGAAAUGGAAUUAUCAGAUUCUGAUGAUGAAGAGGAGUAUGAAAAAUCUUCAUCUAUUGUAAAAUUAGGACGACGUCAUGUUAACUCAAUGAAACGCAACGAGAAAGGUGAAACCAGGUUACAUGUCGCAGCCAUUCGAGGUGACUAUAAUCUUGCCAAGACAAGCAUAAAUAAAGGUGUAAGUGUUCAUUCACGUGACUAUUGCGGUUGGCAACCCCUUCACGAAGCAUGUAACCAUGGUAAUUUGGCUAUAGUUGAGCUUCUCCUUGAUGAAGGUGCUGAUAUUAAUGAUCCAGGGGGAGCUCAUUGUCGUGGUAUGACGCCAUUACAUGAUGCUGCUCAAAAUGGACAUGUUGAUGUUGUAAAAUUACUCGUUGAGAGAGGAGCAUGUGUAAGCAAAUGUAACAAUGAUGGUAAAACUCCUUUUAAUCUUGUCUUAUCUACUCUUGAAGAUAAAGAUUCUGAUGAUGAAGAUACAGAAGACACGGUAGAUACACUAAAUCAACUUAUUCAUAUCCUUCAAAAUGCGAACAGUUCUAUAGGAGAUGCAAAAGAAACAUCAUCAACGAGACGACGAGACAAAAUGCUCAUCUUUGAUGAUAGUGAUUCGGAAUCAUCCCAAGAAAUAAUUUCUAGACACGUUAAAAAUCAUAAAUCUCAAAGAAAGAAUACUUUAGAACUCAAUGAAAAAAAACGCAAAGCAAAUGUUCUAGUUAGUGACGAAGAAUUAAACGCCUGUAGUGAUGAAGAGUUAAACUCCUGUAGUGAUAAGAUUGUUUUGACACAACCAAAAUGUGGAGUUUACCAAGAUAACAUGGAUUUUACGGAAACAUCGUGCGAUUUGUUGAAUAUAGAUGAAGAAGAAUUUAAUUGUAAUUCCAUGAAUGAUUCUCCUUCGUCUUCGAUUUUCCUAGAAAGAAACUCAUCUUGCUAUUCAUCGUCAGUUACGAAUAAUAACUUGCACAAAAACACAACUUCAGAAAGAGGAACACCUGCGAAUAAUUCUUCAAGAGAAGCCAUUGAUCUCAGCUCAGUUAGUUCAGCGUCUAAAUACUUGGAUCCAGUCACAGGAUCAACACAAAGACAAGAUAAUGAAGUAUUUGAACCAGCAUUGAUUUCUGAAGAAGAGUAUCUUACUAAUGAUAUCGACAACUGGCUCAUUCAUGAUUACCCAAUCAAAUCUGGUAAACGUAAACGUUCAGGAAACAUACUGAGCAUGCGCUCUCACUCUCAUUACUCACAUGAUACAAAUAAACGUGUAAAUGGAAAUACUAAACCGACGCAUAGUACAUCUCAAACAAGAAGUAAACCUAGGUUACGUCAAUCACGUCUUAAUGUGGUCAGUGGUCUUUCAUCGCACGAUGAUUUUUUAGAAGAUGUUUCUAGCCCGAGAAAAUCUUCAUCAUUUCAUGGUGUUCCUGUUUCCUCUAAUCCACCAAUGAGAAUUCGUGUUAAAGUCAACAAGAGAACAUUUCUUAUACCAUGUCCAAAUGAUCCUCAACGUAAAACUAUAAAAUGGUUGGCUGAGCAGGCAGUAUUUCGGUAUCAUUCAGCCACGGGAUUGAAACCCUGUUUAUCACUUUGUACAACUGAAGGUGCAACUCUAUCGUCACAUGACUUUAUCGUUGAUGUACUCUCUAAUAAUGAGUUGGUGAAUGCGACUGUAGAAAGCUGGCAGUUGGCUCCAUUAUCUCAACGUUACAGAGAGGCGUGUUCCAUGUUGAACAAAGAUAUUUCUCCUGUUAUUGUUGACGUUUUGGAUAAAAAUGACCAUUUGUCCAACGUUGAAUUCAAAGACAAAUCUUUAACUUCGUCUUCACUGCAACCAUUAUUUCGCUGUCUGCAAUGUCAUGAAUCCUUGGUUAGACUCUCUUUACCGGGAAACAGAAUGGGUGAUAAAGGUGUUGAAUUUUUUGUGUCUUGUUUAUCCUCGUUUCCUAACCUCUCGUCCCUUGUACUAUCCUGUAACGGCAUUACACAUAAAGGUUUGCACCAUUUGGCUGCGACAAUGAACUCAGAUGAUGAGGUUUGUCAUUCAUGGUCAAAUCUUAAGGAGUUAGAUCUUUCGUUUAAUACGAUUUCUGAUCUUGGAUCAUCUGACCUUGCUUCCUUACUCUGCAGUGCUCCUCAACUACAAGUUUUAGGCCUUUCUUCUACUUCCCUUGGUGAUUGCUCAUUUCAUCAACGAAGUACUUUAACAGAAGCAAUUCAAAACCUUAGGAGACUUCGAUUUAUUGAUGUUUCAUUCAACAUUAUGUCCUGCAAGAUACUUUCGAAUAUCCUGCGUGCUGUAAAAUAUGUUGAAACUAUAAACAUCUCCUCCACAGCUAAAUACGAUUCUUUCUUAUCUCCUACAUUAAUUGAACAUUUAGAGGCAGACAACACAAUCGUUAAAGUUAUAUGUCGUGGUUACAACUUUACACCUAAAGAAAUCCAGUCGAUGAGGAAAACAAAGAGAAUUUUUACAUCACAAUGUCAACUUGUUGUCGAUGAAUGAAAGUUUUAAAUUACGAUAAAUAAGGCUUAAAAUAGUAAAUUAUAUUUUGACUUUAAAAUUAAUAUAAAUGCAUGUAUUUAAUAUAUUGAAAAUUUCAUUUGCGAUGGCUACACAAGAGACUGGAACAAACACUAAUCUUAUGACGUCAUUGCUUAUGCAAUGUUAUGAUGCCAGCAAUGAAUGUUAUAGCAAGCUUGAAAAUGACAUUUAUCGUUAAAUGAAAAGAUUUUUUCUCUAAAA